AUGCCUCCCAUCCGCCGAUACCUCCGCAUCAGCAAGUACACGGUCCUGGAGUGCCGAAUUUACCUCGAGAACCCCUCGGACACGCGAUGGCUUGUGGACCCCCGUGAUCGCAUCCUCCCUCGCAUCUUCGCCGCCAUUCGUCCUCUCGUGCUGCCUAAGCUCCGCGAAGAAAACGAGAGACUCUUUUCGCGGAAGAAGGGGAAGCCUGUCAAGGAUGUGAUUGCAGAAGAUGACUUCGAAGUAGCGUUGUUUCUCCGCGAAUCGCGGACCCGUCAUUCGCUCUUGACCCGCCACAAGGAGUUCGACGGCCCGGAUGCCGCCUCCGAUUCACGACGGGCGGGAACGGUCGAUGGCCACGGCGGGGCCGCCGAGUCGGGCAUCAUGGUUGAAAGCGACGAUGAGGAAUUGGAUCUGAAUGCUAUCCCUCGCGCUACAGAGCAGGUAGCUGAAGAAGAAGAGGAAGACGUGCAUGGGAAACGCCAACGAGGGUCCGAAUCGGAGGAACCGCCCCGUCUGCGAGCGUCCAAGCGGAAGAAGAACGAGGAGGAGCCCACCGAAGACAAAAAGAUGCGUUUCCAAACGAACUACGAGGGUUUCAAUAUCUACGGCUGGACGUUGUGUCUGCUGGUCACACGCAAAGGCGACCGGGUGUCGGCCCGACCGACGCAGUCAGAGUCCUCUCGCCAGGUUCUGAUGGAGGAGUGGAUAUCGACGCAGGCGCAGGCCGAUUUGGAUGAGGAGUGA